AUGUAUCAUAUGAUGUCCACAACAACAGAUAAUGCUACUACUGUUGGUUCCACCGGCAUCGUACACUGCCAACAGAAUGCAAAUUAUGUUACACCAUCACAACAUUAUGUAUUUGUUCAUCAUGUUGAAUGCUUACGAGAUGGUGGCAUUCUGGAUCCCGAUGAUCAGCUUUUUGACGUUUUUGAUGAGAAUAAUGAUCAGAUCUUAGCGAUUUAUGACGAACCGAGCUUUGCUGUAGUGGAUUCGGCUUCAACAAAUGCUUCUCGGUUUGCCACCAAUGGAACAAUUUCGUUAACGUCUUCGUUAGCAACUGCAAAACCUGUCGCAUCAGCAGAGAGUCCCCUGGAUGGUAAAUUGAACAUCAUUUCAAGUUCCAGCGAUGGUGACAUUGUUGAAAUAACGAGCAUUGCUAUACCGCCGACUGAUGGUUUACGAGUGAUUUCGGACAAUGCCCACACAUUGCAACAGAAGCCAUCCUCAUCCUCAGUUAUAACGAGUCCUGAAUCUGUUUCUUCGCAAUGCUUUCCAUCGACACAGUUCGAUCAGAAACACAAUGAUAUGUCGAACACGUGUCGUGUUUAUCAUUCCGCCCUAAAAAAUAGCGGGUCACCGAGAAGUAAAUAUCGAGUUACUAUAUCUCCAGAUGUUGAUUGUCAACCAUCUCAAGAAUCGCCAACUUUUACAAAAGAAUCACUGAUGACACGAACAUCCGCUAGGAAAUCACGUCUAACCGAUAAUUUUUUCGAUGCCAAAGAACGAUUGGAAGAAAAAUUAGCAGAUGGUAUCAACAGUCGUGUAGUAAAAGGUAACAUGAAAAGUCCAAAAUUAAUACCACUGAUGGAGGCAGCAAAUCGAGGACAAACGGUGAUAAUACUUUCAGACAGUACUAUCAAUAUGAAGUUGGGUAUUGAGAUUUCACCUGUAUAUGAUCCAUCAAAUGAUAUGCGUUUACAAGCUGUAGAGAUUAGACAAAUUGACGAUGAAGGUCGGGUGAGCAGCGAUGGGCGUCUUCGAAUUGGUGAUCGUAUUGUGGAAAUCAAUCAGCGUCCUGUUUAUCAGAUGUCGAUCUCAAGAGCACGUGCCUACUUACACGAAAUACAAGCAAUUGCUCAUCCAAGUUUGACAAUCGAUCGCUCCAUAGAGACAUUUGCAAGCGACACGAUCUCUCAUCAUAAUCAGUCAUCAACGAGCAGUUUGCAGAAGCGGCCAAUUCUCUCUGCACUGCAGCAAGCCAAUACAACAGCUCUUGGGAUAACAUUUCCAGUUGAAAUUGUAAAAAGAAGAGGCGGGUUUGGUUUUACCGUAACGAGUCGUGAAACUGCUAAAGGUGAACGAUUAUUUUAUAUUGGAACUGUGAAAGCAGGUGGUGCUGCGGUAAAUAAAUUAAGAGCUGGCGAUCGGUUGCUACAGAUUAAUGGUAGAAAAACAGCUGAGUUUACCCAAAGUGAUAUGGUCGAGCGUCUCAAAAAACUGGAUGUUGGUGAUUCAAUAAACUUACUAGUUUCUCGAAUUGGAAGUCAGGAAAACGAAAACCAGAAUCCAUUGGUAGUGACAAAUAAUUAUAACAGUGAUAGUGAACAUUAUCACCAGGAAAGAGCGAGUGAAGGAACGGAACGAUACGGGGAGGAGAUUUUGACGUUGAAGAUUGCCUUGAAUGAAACGGGAAGUGCUGGAUUAGGUGUAAGUUUAAAAGCAAGAGCCGUUAUGAAGCCUGAUGGUACACGUCAUGAUUGUGGAAUAUUUAUCAAAAAGGUCUUGCAUGGUGGUGCUGCUUAUAAAGAUGGAAGAUUACGAUUGAAUGAUCAGUUGAUUGGAAUCGAAGAUACUGAUUUGAGACGAAUGACAAGGAAUUCAGAGGCUAGUGAUGCUAUCACUAGAUGUUUGAAAAACCUAGGACCGAACGCAAAUGAUGUAUGCUUACGAGUAGCAAGAAAGGUUGAGCUAAACCACAGCAAUGCUUUUCCAAGUGUAAGAAGUUCGACAGACGAAUCUUGGACUCCAAAUUGUAAGAGUUCGAAAAUUUAUGAUAGGUCUCAAACAAAGUCGGCAGAUAAUGAUAAUGCGACUGCAAAGAAACAAGAAACGCCAAAUGGUUAUAAUGCAGACGUACCAAGAUUUAGUAGUUCGGACGAUCGUUCUUUAAAUGCAAAUGGAGAUUUUGAUUCCACCGCAAGCGAUAGGCAGAAGUAUCUAUCAGAAGAUGAAAUAAGUCGUACUGGUGGUAGUGGUUUUAAUCGGGAAAAUCCUGCCAGAAGAUCGAUAUCGGAAAAGCGGCAUAUGGGAGUUGGAAUGGAUGCGAACAGCACAAUGCUUUUCCAAAAAAUCAAACAUAACCGUCAAAUGAGUGCUCCUCUCUUGCAUCGUUUCGUUCCAUUUAUUAGUCCAACACACAAGUCACUUGCAAUGUUUUCUUCACGGAGUGCCGUAUCACUUCGAGAAAAAUGCCGUCGAAGGAGCUUAGCAUCACUUCAGUCGUCUGAAGAAAAAACUGUCAAUGGAAGGUCUAUAGAAAAGCGUGAACAACGUAUUCCCAUAUCUGCUAGUUACGUCAGCAGCACUAAUAAUGAGAGCACAAAUGUGGCUUCUUCGUCAUCAUCUCCUAACCGUCGUUCAUUAAGCCUAGAAAGUAUGGAAACGCACCAAUCACCAGCGCUGGCAAUUGUAUCAGCUCAUUCUAAUGGACCAGCCAUUCGAGAUACUCGAAUAGAGCAAACUGCAAAACGAGGCCAUCCGAGUACUCUCAAGCGAUCACAAAAAUCUCGAUGUAAUGGCUAUAUCAAGCCAUCUAUUUCUGAUGCGGAAGAUCAAACAUCUGCAGGAAAAGGUCGGGAUGAGUCUUAUGCAUCGUUACCCCGAGAAAUUUCUGCUACUUCUAAGGAAAAACAGCAGCGAAGGAAAUCAGUUGGAGGUAGCAUAUUUUCAAAGAUUACUCAGCGAUUCGGUGGUUCGAGAUCGCGUGAUACAUCUCCAGAAAAAGCGGUAUCAUUCGACAUUGCCGAAAGCAAGUCUUCCAGAGAUAAAUCAAAUAGGACACAAGAUCAUCGAGAAUGGAGUAAAGAAAGCAGAAGUAAUCAGUCAAUACGCAAAGCACCACCACCGUACAAACCAUCAUCCUAUGACAUUUUGCAGUCAACAGAUCCUACUUGCUAUGUGAAUGUAAAUCUCGUUUGCCUUUUCUUUUCUGACAACAGGAUGAUCGCAAAAUACUGUAGGCGAUUAGCAUGGGGACACAGUUGUAACUGA